UGUCAAUUUGUUGCUGUUUUCUGUUUUUCGUUUUGCUUGCCGUUCUAAUAAAUUUUCCUUGAUGUUGUAUUUUUAACAUAGAAUUUCAUUCUAAUUCAAAUAAAACUGCAUAUUUAACAAUGGCAGACCGCCUCACCCAGCUACAGGAUACAAUAAACCAGCAAGCUGAGCACUUUUGCAACAGCAUUGGUAUCCUGCAACAGUUCUCCACGCCCAGUAAAUUCCCCGGGAUCGACCGUAGCGGGUCGCAGACGCCUCAGCAGCAGCAGAAUCAAGAGGAUUAUGCUGCUCUGUUUGCGACGCUCAUAUCGAGAUGCGCCAAAGAUAUUGACACUCUGAUCGAGUCUCUGCCGAGCGAGGAGAGCUCCACAGAGCUGCAAGUCCAAAGCUUGAGAAGACUCGAGACUGAAAAUAAGGAGGCAGCAGAGCAGUUAGAAGAAGUGGUCCGUCAAGGUGAAAUCCUUUUGGAAAAGAUUCAAGGUGCUCUCAGCGACAUAGCACAGAGCCAGUUGGACAUGCAGAACCCCACACUCAUCCUUGGCAAAGAUGUCAAACCACAGUUAUAGGGAUCUAGGAAGCACUAACACUCUCAGAAGGCGUAGCAUAGCACAAGAAGCUGACUAAAGUGGUAUGCUAGUCCUUCAGAUAUUAAGGUAGGCUUUCACCAAACAUUUAAAUAUGUUUAGAUCUAUUGCUGUCUUGCUCUGCUAUACUGUUAAAGUAAGGGAGUAAUACAUUUAAUUUCGAUUAAAUAUGUAUUUGGUGAAAGUGAUUCUAAUAGGUUAAGUAAAACUACCUCUAAGUGACUAAAUUAUAAUAAAGGUAGUCUAGAAGAAAUCACUAUAAGAUCGCCUAUGCUAUACCUAUAUGUUAGAUUAACAUUACUGUGUUUGUCCACAUAAAGUCCUAAUGUAGAGACUAGAAAAUAGUAUAAAAUGUGAAGCAUUUUAUUGAGAAACAUGUUUUUUAUAUAUAUUCUAGUCUCUUUCAUAGUUAUACUAAGCACAAAAUAAUUAUAUGAAAUUAUUAAAACUCAACUACUUACAAAAAACAA